AUUUAUGAGUCAUGUUGACUUUCCACAAAUAUUAAUUCUACAAUUAAGGACUAUCCAACAUGACAACAACCUUCAAGUAAGAAUUCCUGCACAAACUGAGGUUUUCUUUAUAAAAUAUAAGCUCUAUGCCAUAAUAAACCUUUAUGGAACAUUGGACGACGGACACUAUAAUACUAACAUCAAAUCUGACAAUCAGAACUGGUAUCGAUAUGAUGACAGCCAUGUAUUUCAGAUUCCUGACACAAUGUUUUCAGAAAGGCCCAAUGCUUCCUCUGUGAAUAAAAAGCUUCCUUCUUCAUCUCCAGAUUCAUGCUAUUCAUACAGCUACGCCUAUCUACUCUUGUACAAAAAGUGGGAUUGACUGAAUCAGUAACUGGACACAGAGCAGAACAUCAUCAUUUAGGGUGAUACAUGCUAUAUAAGCAGAAUUUAACCAGGCUCAAAGUCUUCCAGUGAAUGUCUGUGAAUGUAUUUGUAAAUCUCUCUGCUCAACUGUUGAUGAUUUAAAACGGGUGCGUCACAAACAUAAGUGUCGUGCUGUUGCCAGGAUUAAAAAGGACUGGUUUGCAUACUGUAUUUGCUUAAAGACUACUUUCAGUAUCAAUAUUGAUGUCAUUUAUUUUCAUGCAUGUAGUAAGGCGUAUUUAAUAGGCAUCGUAUUAACCAAACUAUAAGUGUUUAUAAGGGAAGUCGCGUUGUUUGCCGAUGCGUAUGUAGAAUUAUUAUUAAGGUUCCGCACUAGAAAUCCUACCUCUCUGACAGAUCAUUUUUGGGGAAGAUUGGAAAUUUCUCAUGCUCCUCAGUUCCUUUAAACUGUGGUGUGCCUCAGGGUUCUAUUUUGGGCCCGUUGUUGUUCUCACUACACCUGCUUCCUUUGGGUUGUAUUUUUCAGAAAUACAAUAUUCCAUAUAUUUUUUUACACUGACAAUACACAGGUUUGCUUUCCGCUAAACCAUAAGGAUAACUAUAACAUACUCUUCUGAAUAGUCUGACUGUAGUUAGAUCCUGGCUGGCUGCUAAUUUUCUAACACUGAAUGAUUUCAAAUCUGAGACUGUAGGUUUUGGCCCACCUGUCCCUAUUACUCUGAUUAACAAUCAAUUAGACUCGCUAUCUGCUAACUCCCAUGUAAAAAACUUAGGGGUGAUUUUUGAUGACAAUCUAAAGUUCAAUAAGCAAAUCAGCGCAGUUGUUAAAAAUGCUUUUUAGCAUCUUGGAUCUAUUGCAAAGUUGAAAACAUUUUAAGUACAUUGAUUCAUGCUUUUGUCACUUCUAGGCUAUUGUAACUCAUUGUACUUUGGUGUGUCUAAAUCAUCUCCAUCUUGUCUGCAACUGGUACAGAAUGACGUUGCCAUGUUCCUUACUGAAAUAAGAAAGAGUAACUGUUUGUUUACAAGGGAUUACAUGGUCAAGCUCCUGAAUAUAUUACAGAUCUCCUUCUCCCUAGAAAUUGCACUCAAACAUUACGGUUUUCUAAUAGAAUGAUACUCUUUGAUCUCAUCUGAAAUGAAAAGGAGAUUGUACUUUUCGAUUGCUGCCCCUAGACUGUGGAAUGACUUACCAGCAUACAUUAGGCUGUCUCCAGAUAUUGGAAGCAUUAAAUCUCAUCUUAAGACCUAUCUUUAUUCCUUAGCUUUUUAAUUUGUUUCUAAUUUUAUUUUAUUGGAUUGUUAGGGAUGCAUUUUAUUCUUUAACUUUGUCAAAUACUCUUUGAAUAUUUUAUGCUGUCAGCAGUCGCUGUUUUAAAUAUGCUUUAGAAAUAAAACUGCCUUGCCUUGCAUUGCAUUGCCUUAUCAGUUACACUGCUGUAAAAGGAUGUAGUUUGGAAUGAUACAUAUUCGUGUAAAUGAGUAGUCAUUUUUAUUAUAUCAAAU